AUGAGCCUUCCGAUAAGUUAUUACGAGGUGCUGAGAGUCCACCCCGAGACCCCCACAGCCACCAUCGACCUCAUGCUUGACUCCAUGCUCGCCUCGCCGCCCCAAGAAGGCUUCACCGUCUCUGCCCUCACGGUCAGGGCGGAAGUUUUGGAGGCUGCCCGGGACACGCUGCUUGACCUGGAGCUCCGGGCAGAGUAUGACGAGGACCUGAAGGCAGCAGCAGCGGAGCAGCAGCAGGGGUUGGGGGGUGUGGGGAGGGGUGGAGGGGAGUAUGGCUGCGAGGCUGCGAUCAUGGUUGAUGUUCCUAUGAGCCGGGUCCCUGGCGUGCUGUGUCUGUUGCAAGAAGCCGGCCGCUCUGCUGACGUGGCAGAGGCGGGCCUCGACCUGCUCUCCCGCCCGGAUGGCGAUCCGGCUUUCCGUGCUGACGUGGCGCUCGCCACAGCGUUGGCGUACUCAGACCUAUCGCGCGACGCCAUGUCAGCGGACCCGCCUGCAGUGGCACAGGGCUGCGAGCUGUUGGAAGCUGCACUGAAGCUUCUGCAGGAUGAGGGCGGGCCAGGCCUGGCGCCGUCCCUGCAGGCAGCGAUAGAGGACUCGCUGCAGGAGAUGGGCCCCACACGCCUGCUCGAGCUGCUGGCGCUGCCCCUUGACAAGGAGCACGAGGAGGGCAGGCGCGAGGGCAUACAGGUGGGUGCGUGGGUGCGACUGGUAAUGGACAGUAGGCCCGGCACUCCUGCUACGGCAAUCUGCUCGUGCUUCCCCUCGAUUGGCCCCACUCGCGUGCUCGAGCUGCUGGCGCUGCCCCUUGACAAGGAGCACGAGGAGGGCAGGCGCGAGGGCAUACAGGUGGGUGCGUGGGUGCGACUGGUAAUGGACAGUAGGCCCGGCACUCCUGCUACGACAAUCUGCUCGUGCUUCCCCUCGAUUGGCCCCACUCGCGUGCUCGAGCUGCUGGCGCUGCCCCUUGACAAGGAGCACGAGGAGGGCAGGCGCGAGGGCAUACAGGUGGGUGCGUGGGUGCGACUGGUAAUGGACAGUAGGCCCGGCACUCCUGCUACGGCAAUCUGCUCGUGCUUCCCCUCGAUUGGCCCCACUCGCGUGCUCGAGCUGCUGGCGCUGCCCCUUGACAAGGAGCACGAGGAGGGCAGGCGCGAGGGCAUACAGGCCAUGAGGGACCUUUCUUGGUUCCAAAACUCAGAUGGAUCGCUCUCGUUUUUCCUCCCAAGGUGGCUUCUUUCGCCACGUGUUCAUGCGGGAGGCCUUUCUCCGCCUCACCACCGCAGAGCUCAUCUCAUCACCCACUUCGCUGCCACCCAAUCCACUUGUCUCCCCCUUCCUCUCCCCCCUUCUUCUUCCCCUUUCCAGGCCAUGAGGGACCUGCUCUGGUCCCAAAACCCAGACGGAGCGCUCUCCUUUUCCUCCCAGGGCGGCUUCUCCCGCCACGUGUUCAUGCGGGAGGCCUUCCUGCGCCUCACCACCUCGGAGCUCAUCGCCCACUUGUCUCCCACUUCAUCCUUCCCACCCCUUCCUCUUUCCCCCCACCAGGCCAUGAGGGACCUGCUCUGGUCCCAAGGCCCAGAUGGAGCUCUCUCCUUCGCCUCUCAGGGCGGUUUCUCUCGCCACGUGUUCAUGCGGGAGGCCUUUCUGCGCCUCACCACCUCGGAGCUCAUCGCCCACUUGUCUCCCACUUCAUCCUUCCCACCCCUUCCUCUUUCCCCCCACCAGGCCAUGAGGGACCUGCUCUGGUCCCAAGGCCCAGAUGGAGCUCUCUCCUUCGCCUCUCAGGGCGGUUUCUCUCGCCACGUGUUCAUGCGGGAGGCCUUUCUGCGCCUCACCACCUCGGAGCUCAUUGCCCACUUCGCCGCCGCCCCGCCGCACGUCGACGCCGUCAUCCUCGAGGCCUACUGGGUCGCACUCGCCUUUGCCGGCCGCGGCUUCUUCCUGCGCCGCCCGGCCGACAUCGUCCAGUCUGACGCGCUGCUGAAGGAGCUGAAUGAGUCCACCGCGUACCGGUUGUUGGUUAGCGUGAGCACGGGCGGCGGGAUGGCGGAGGCGGGCGGCGGGGCGGCGGCGGGGACAGGUGGCGGGGGGGGAUUGGAGGAAGCGGGGGCAGGGGGGGGUGGGGGCGGGGCAGGAGAAGUGAUAGCAGGGAGAGCAGCAGGAGGAGCAGGAGGGGGAGCAGGAGCAGGAGGAGAGAGAGUGCAGGGGGGAGCAGGGAGUGCGAUGGCGAUGGUAGCCGGAACCGACGUGCCAGCGGAUCUAUCAGUAGAGAGGGCGAUGUGCGCGCUGCUGCUGGGGCAGGUGGGCGCAUGCAAGCGGUGGCUGGGCGUGCAUGUGACCCCUCCCUGUGGCGACCUUGCUGUGGCCGAGGAGGUGGUAGCCAUGCGGUUCAGAGACACCUCCCACCUCUCUGUUGUUCUCUCUGAGUACUUUGACCAUCCUGCUGUGGGGAGUUUCUUGGAUGCGUGGGAUCAGGCGCAGGGUGUGGGGGGAGGAGGGGGAGGGAAGGUGGGGGAGACUGGGAGAGGGGAGGGGGGCGGGAUGCGGAACACUGCUAUGGAGGUGAUUAGAGGGGUGUUUCCGUGGAUGCAGGGAGGGGGUGAUGCAGCAGGGGCAGCAGCAGCAGCAGCAGCAGCAGGAGCAGCAGCUGAAAAUCCUUUCAUCGUUUCCACAUCAGCCACUACCACCACCUCCUCCUCCUCCCCUUCCCCGCCCUUGCCCACCGAUUCGUUACAAGACGACUCGUUACAAGACCCGUCCACGUCCCUCCCCCCAGCAGAGCUCGCGCGAUCGCGCACCAGACGAGAGCUCUUUGGCCCUUCCCCCCUCCUCGACCCCCAAGGCUCGCCCAUCCCCCUCCGCACCGCCCAACCAGAAUCCCUCCCCACCUUGGGAAUAUCCGGGACCGAACCUGGGAGCAGCAGUGGCAGGGGUAGAUUUGGCGGGAAGGUGGGAAUGGUGGUGGCAGGGGUGGUGGCGGCAGCGGUGAUGGCGGGGGGGGGGUUCGUGGCAUGGCGCAUGCGAUCGGGACGGUUUGGACCGUCGCUGCUGGGAGUGGAAGCGGCGAUGGUGGGGCAGCAGGGCAAGGAGCAGGCAACUCCUGUGGUGGUGGCGGGGGGAGGGUUCAUGGCAUGGCGCAUGCAAUCGGGUGGUUUGGGCAUGGAAGCGGCGAUGGUGGGGCAGCAGGGCAAAGAGCAGGCUGCUUCUGGUGAGUGCAUCAGCUGUUUGAGGCAAGGUGGUGGCAGGGGAGGGUUCAUGGCGUGGCGCAUGCGAUCGGGGCGGUUUGGCCCGUCGCUGCUGGGAGUGGAAGCGGCGAUGGUGGGGCAGCAGGCCAAGAAGCAGGCGACUUCUGCUGUCGCUGCUGGGGGUGGAAGCGGCGCAGGGCAAGGAGCAGGCGGCCUCUGUUCGCUGUCCCUCUUUUGCCCUCCUUCUUUUCUGUCAGAGGUAGCAGCAGGUGCAGAGGAGUACAGCGAGGUGGAGGAGGUGCAGUGGGCAGUGCGGGUGGUGCGGCACUGGCAGGUGAAGGCGGCAGCGCUGGGGCAGUCACACCCUGCAGAUCACACUCACUCUUUACCCCUCACUUUCCCCACUCUUUCCUCCUCGUGCUGCUAUUGCUCACUCUAUACUUUCAGAAGCAACAGCAGGAGCAGAGGAAUAUUCCGAAGUGGAGGAGGUGCAGUGGGCGGUGCGCGUAGUGAGGCAUUGGCAGGAGGUGAAGGCGGCAGCGCUAGGUCCGCAACACCGGGUGGAGAUGGCAGCAGUGAGCAAGUGUCAGAAGAAGGCAGUGGUGGAAGCAGUGGUGCAGGAGGCAGUGCGGUUUGUGGAUGCAGCGGACCCGACUCAUGGCCCUCCCACCCUCGCUCCCUUGUUCCCUUCCUCCCUUCCUCCCUCUGUGCUCUCCCACAGGUGGAGAUGGCAGCAGUGAGCAAGGGUGAGAAGAAGGCCGUAGUAGAGGCGGUGGUGCAGGAGGCAGCACGGCUGGUGGAUGCAGCAGACCCCACCCACAACGAUGCGUACAGAAGCACAUACACGGCGCGAUACGAGCUGCUGCAGACCGGCACCUGCUGGAAGAUUGUUGGCGGCACUGUGCUGCGGUAG